UGAGGGAUGUGGCUUCACUUGGCUCUGGUAUCAGGGCUGGGUCCGUUAUAAAUCAAUGCAGCUGGGAAACCCGCACAGAAUCCUGGUACUGGGAAGAAACUACACUUUUCUAGACAAAGAAGUAGAGACACUGGGUAAUCAUGCGGUUCAGCGUCCUCUUCUUCAUCGUCCUUCUGGGAUUCCUCUACCUCACAGUGGCACAAGUCACGUAUGAGGACUGCUGUCUGCAGUAUGUCAAGAAAAUGAAACAGUCCAUUAAGAACAGAGUGAUCGGCUACAGAAAACAAGAGAUGGACGGAGGCUGCAACAUCUCAGCUGUUGUCUUCACACUGAAACGUGGCCGUAUGGUCUGCACUGACCCCAGAGAGAAAUGGGUCCAUGAACUCAUGCGGAGGGUGGACAUACAGACCAAAAGCUCAUUAACGAAGAGGAAGAAUUCACAGAGUUAAGCAAACCAGUGGCAGCCGAGAGAGGACCAGAGGGAAACCAGCUCAAGAGUCUCGGCCAAUCACGUUCUUUCUUUGAGUUCUGGCUCUCUGAGCGCACAUUUCAGCAUGGAUAGAUAGACUGAUGUUUUCAGUGCUUCCGGUGUUUCGUCCUGUGCUCUAUCAGGUAUCAGGUGGCAUUUCCUGUUUCCAGACUUUUGUCGCUUCACUGACGGACUGCUGGUUUAAUGCUCAGGAUGGGAGAUGGCCAUUAUCGUCCCCCUCCACGUGCUGCUGUUGUCAUCACUUCCAAGCUCUGUGUAAAACCUUGUGAGCUGCCUGCUUAGAAAGCCCAUAAGUAUACUUCGGUUUAGUGCAUGCGCACAGCUGAACACAGAUCAGAUAACGUGCACAAACGAAUGCGCUUGACGCAUGCGCACUACAACGAUUUAUCCUUGUCCAGUUUCUAAACUUUUCUCUCUAAAGUUAUGAGCGAUACAAAUGUCUUAGUACUCGUUUAAGAUAUAAUCUCAUGUGUAUUCUAGCCUCCUCACAAGAGCACUCACCUUCAACAGUCAAUCUCCUCCGUUUCUGUGAAGCAAAGGGCCAGUUCAGUGUUGCCACCUUGUGGACAAACUGAUUACUGCAAAAACUGUGCUGAUGACGAAAUUACCCAAAAAGCGUCUAAGUAAAAGGUGUCUCUGCAUAGUUAAGAAUCAGUGCUCAAUUAGCUAGUGUUUCUCAUGUGAACCGCAUUUUAAUUACAAUACAUUUAAUUUGCUUUUACCGGUUAUUUUCAGUAUUUAAUAAAAUGCAUAUUUAUAUUUCUUCUGCUUUGUCCGCCAUAUUGCAAUGCAUGCAAUGCUGCUUGAACAUACAGACUACACAGGCAGUUCACUAGGCUUUGAACAGAGCUCAUGUGAAUAGUGUUACCUUGAGGGUCGUAUUAAGCUACUGUAUUAUGAACUUUCACUUUGUACUCUUAUAUUUACCGCUUUUGCCCCACAGUAUCAAUAAAGAGUGAUAAAAAUAUUCUAUUAGUCGUAAAUGUGGCUGGGAAGGUUUUGAAAGCAAAGCACAUACUCCUAUUUCCUUAUGAGUUUAUUAUACUGCUGACCUACCGCCAAGUGAUUUUUGAGUUGGUAUGAUAUUAUAAUGCUUUGUAAAUUAUGAUUCGUUAUUUAGAUUAAUGCAGCGAGCUUAAUGAGUGAUAAUUUUAUAGUUAUUGAUAGAGUGUAUACUCAUAGAUCUCUUUUCAUAAAUGCAUAUUAUUUUCCAUUUCAUAUGUUUGGUAGUUUUUAUUUGUUGUUUAAUUUAAGUGGAACUACUGUUUUGUACUUUAAUGUUCACACUUGAUCCAGUGAGAAUGUAUCUUAAUAGAGGAAGUGAUGCAAGUUAUAUUGUUCGGCUGUUUUGAAACCGGAUCAUAAGCUCUUUGGGUUCUUUACACUGCAGAUAUUUUCUUGUGUAUCAGAAAUAAAACGUUUGGAAAAUAA